AUGAUGGGGCGGCUGGCAUUCUCGGCUUGCUUUGUGGCCGUGGUUUGUCGAGGCCAACUGAUGUUGCACGCUCCACCCGCGCUGCUGGAGCACUUCACAGAAAGCGCCAAGGUCUCCCGGGAGGAGCGGCAGGUGAGCUUCUACGGCACGUCGGCGGUGCUGGGCUGGCCGCGCUGGGGUGACGGAUGUCAGGGCAGGUUGACCUUCUUGCAGGAGAGGGCAGCUGCAAUGCUGGCCUUCUCCCACGUUCAUCCGGAGAGCGGCUCUGAUCAAGAGCUGGUGCAGAAUCGCGGCUGGCCGCAUGUGAAGAAGACCUUCGGCAUGGUUGGAGCUCUCUUGGUGGUCUUUGGGCUGGCUUCGAUGCGCUUCUCCAACCAGUGCAUCAAUUUGAACAGCUUGCAGGGGAAAACCGAGCUGAAUGUGGAUGAUGCAAUCCUUAAGACCACAAAGAGAUUGCUCAAAGUCAAGGAUCGCAGUCUGGCAGAGAGCACUGUCUUGAAGGCCAUGAAGCAAGCCGGGCACAAUGCACAAAAGGACUGGGAGAAACAUCACGUUCGCAAACUUGACACCCUUGCAGUUCUCAAAGGACGCCAAGCAAUCAAGGACUUCCGCCGUGGACAGCAUAUCAAGGAAGCCGUGAAUGUAGAAUGUGCUUUCAACGUUCUGGAGGCUUUUCUUUCGGUCGUCGGCAUGGGGGAUGACAUCAAUGGCAUCAUCCGAACCUGCCCUCCACCUCGUGACGGCGAGUCCGAAUUGGCUUGUCAAGUGGAUUCAUCCAUGUUGGUGGCUUGGGUGGGAAAUGCUGCUGCAAAAAUCUCUUUGGCAGCUUCCAACUGCGCUUUGACCCUCAAUGUGAACUCUGUGUGUGCAGCAGGGGUCAGCGGCUUGGUUUCUGCCCUUGGAGAGAUUGCUGCUGGUGCUUGUUUGACUGGUGCUGCGUGCGCACCUACCCCUCCUUCGUUGAGUACAAGCCAAAUCAGCGUCUUGGGCGACCAUACUGCCCAAACCGGCCGCAGGCUUUUGAUCGGCCAAGGACCUGUUGGCAAUGGUGUGCAGUGUGGCGUAGAUGUUGGCAUGGUGGCUGCCAACAUUGCAAACUUGGGACUUGCCAUCAACAAAGCGGUGAAUGUAGAACGCUGCGGCAAGUUUGCGACUGAAAAGUCUCCAUUGAAUGUCUUGAAGGGAAUUCCUGAUGCGCUUUGUGUGGUGGAUAUUGCAGGAGCAGUGGCAUACAUUGGUGAGGUUGUGACAUUCAUCAAUCUGGUUGUGGUUCAGUGCCAAGACUUCCUGGAUGCGAGUGCUCUUUGUGGGGUUUCCAUUGCUGCUAUUACCACAGGUGCUGCUGCCAUCGCUGCAUAUGGAGGAGCAGUGCAUGCCGCUUGCCGCUACAACCAUUUGUUGAAGACUCCGAACCUUGGCCAGGAUAUUCUGAACUCAGCUUUGAAUUUGAAUUGUUCUUGGGUGUUUUGCUCCAGCCUCCAACAGGAAGGUUGCUAUCACUUUACUUUUACUUCACUGAGUUCUUGA